AUGAAUAAUGAUAUACUGAUUGAUACAAGAUUAUAUCAUUAUGAUUUCUCACCUACUGAAUUACAACAUUCAAAAUCAAGUUCAAGUAAUGAAGAACAAUUUUUGAGUCAUAAUAUAAAUAAUAAUAUAAUCAAUAAUGCAAUGUAUAAUACAUCAACACCAGAUUUCAUAUCACCUACAAAUUCAUCAAUGACUAAUAAUAAUAACAGCCCACCAUUUGUAUCAAGAGAACAAAUAAUCGAUGACGAAAAAAAAUUCAUCAGUGAACAUAAAGAACAUUGGAUUCAUGGUUUUAAUAUCCCAUAUUCAAUUUUAAAGUAUAAUCUAUGUCAUGAUUCAACAGCAAAGUCAAAAUAUCGAGGAAUGGAUUCAAAUUUACAAUAUAUGUUUGUUCCCAAAAUGUCAUUAGAUAAAGUAGAACAUUCAAUUUCAAAUCGAAAAGAUUCCGAUUUGUCUACCUUGUCUUCAAAUAUAGACAGGACGUAUAAUAAAGAUGAUGAUGAAUUAGAUGCAGAUGUUAAACAUGCAUUGAAUAAAGAUCAUUCGGGAGGGGCAUUUUCUGGUUAUUUAAAUGUACCAAGACUAUGCGUGAAUAUCCCCCAGAGUUUUAAAAUGAAUAAGAAUUUACUUCGACAAAUGUCAGACAUACCUAAAAUUUGUUUUCAAAAUCAAUUUGCCUUGAAUGAUUUAAUUUAUAUAUUUGGUGGAAUUUGUGUGACUCGAUUUUCAAAUUUUAGACAUUUGGGUUUACCUAAUGAUAUAGAUAUAAGUAAAAUAUCAGUUGAAUUUCAAUAUGAUUUACCUCCAUUCAUUGAAAGAAAAAUAUUAUUGAGUCCUUUCAUGCAACCUAAUACUCAUUUUGUCGCAUAUAAUACUAGUAGAGGUACAGUUACUUAUUUAGAUACUUCACAAAUGAAAGAUUUUCCUGGACAAUUUUCAUCUAUGAUUUCAACACAAAUUACACCUAGGCAUUUUUUCUUAUAUGGUGGGUUUAAAAUUGAAGAUAUUGCAAUUAGAUACGUACCUGAAAUUGAUCGAUGGGUAUUGAAAAAGAAAAUUGUAUUGAAUGAGAAUGGAUUUAUUAUAGAUGUGGUGACUUUAAAAUUCACAAAGAUAUUAUUGGAAAAGAAUAACGAUUCAGUUGCAUUAGGUAGACUUGGGGCAAGUAUAUGUUCAAAUAUUUAUGAAUUACAUGAUUUUAGAAAAACAAUUAUUAAAGAACCAAUGAAUCAUAGAGCUACAUCUCCUGCAAAUUCAGAAAAACAACAACCGCCAAACUCAUCUAAUUCAUCAUCACUUAAAUCUAAUGAAAAACAAUCUAAUUCAAAUACGAGUUCAAGAAGUACUACUGAGAAACAAUCACAAAGCAACUCAUUACACCAUUCAUCUUCAAGAAGUACAACUGAGAAACAAUCACCGAAUGAUUUACAUCAAUCAACAUCAAUAAGUAGAACUAAAUCUCAAUCUGUAUCUAUUCCAGAAACUUCAAAAACAUCAGUUAAUAUACCAGAACCACAUAAAUCAAAUACAGCAUCAGCUAUAACUAAAUUAAGAAGUACCACGACGACAAAUAGUAUAAAUACAACAGAUUCAAAUGUUUCAUCAGCUGCUUCUACAUCAAGUUCAUCAUCUAAAAUGAGUAAUGUAUUAUCUAAAUCAACUAGGAUAUUUCAUAGACAUAAACAUGAUUCAAAUAUUAAGUCUCCAAAUCCAUUAAAACAUUCAUAUAGUGAAAAAGUAAGGGAAAAGAGAUCAAAUUCAUUAACUACAAAUCUGGGAAAUAGUUCAAGAGCAACUUCACCAGUACCUAAUAAACAACAAACUACAAAUAAUAUAACACCAACACCAACAAUUACUCCUAGUCAAUCACAAUCAACUACUACUCAGACACAUCCUAAAUUAUAUGUCCAGACUGAAAAUACAAUAAAAUCAAGUGAGUCUGAAGUCUCGUCAGAUACCGAUUCAUUAGAUUUAAAUUCACAGAAUAGUCCAAAACCAUACGAUAGGAGAGAAAUAAUUGAAGUUGUUCGACAAAAUAAAAAUAAGGAAAAUAAUAGAGCAUCUCAAGUUUUCGAUACUGCUUCAAGUGCCAAUUCAGAUGAGGAAAAAUCAGAAGAUGUAUUAUUCAAAGAUACGUCUUCAAUUUCAAACAUUUCAGUAUUUAUAUUUGGUGGAUUCAUACUAGAUAAGGAUGGUAGAUUCAUUGCAACUAAUGACUUUUUGAAAAUUGAUUUACCUACGAAAGAAGAACCUACAUAUUUGGCAAAUAUCAUGUUUGUAAAUGAGGCAUUAGUUUCUAAAAUUGGUACAAAUUCUGAGUCUUGUGAUAUUUUAAUUGGUGAUGAUUGUUGGCCUGAAUCUCGUGGAUAUUCUGCUUAUUGUUUGGUUGAUAAUAAUUUAAUGGAAGAAGCAUGUGCUGUAGACGCAGGUGAACCUGAAAUGUUAGAACCUAGUUUUCAAGUAGGUGGACUUAAACGAUCAAUGUCACCAGAUCCAGUUAAUGGAUACACAAAGAAUAAUUCAUUUCAAAUACAGAAAUCUACAAGUGUUACUUCUGACGAUACAGUUGAAAGUUCUAGGAUAAAAGCUUAUUUUGAUAGACGAGAAUUUAUAAUUCAAGGUGGAUGUGAUAACAACCAAAACUUUUAUGGAGAUUUUUAUAGGUUCAGUUUCAUCAAAUGUAAAUGGGAAAAAAUGACAACUUAUGCUUAUGAUUAUUUUAAUAUUACACAUGAUGGAGAAGAAGAUGGAAGUUUAUAUACUAAAGAAAAUGAAAUUGAAAAUCCAAUUUUAAAAGAAGCAGAGUUAAGAGGAUGUCAUCAUACUGCAUUAUAUUAUAAUAAUGGAAGACGAAGUUGUUUAUUCUUUGUCGGAGGGGUUCGAGCUGAUUUAAUUCGAUUCUAUGAAAAAGAGCCAUACAAGACUGAUAAAUUUAAUGUUUCAACAUUUGGUAGAUUGCCUAUAAGUACUAACAAUCCUAAUUUAAUGAGAGUUGCAGCAUUAGAUAUUCAGACUCAGACUUGGAAAUUUAUGAAGUAUUUUUUUGAUACUAAUCAUGCUUUAACUAAAUCAUAUGUUGAAAAAGUAACUAGAAAUCCAAUAUAUACUAAUGCUAGACAAAGUCAUAUUGGUGGUCAUUGUGUACUAACUGGUAAAACUAUAACUGUGGGUCAAGGUAUGGUUCAACUAGCGCCUGAAAAACGGGAAAAUUUUGAAAAGUUAAAAAAAGAAUUACCAAUUACUGAAUUAUUAUGGGGUGGUCUAAUUCAAAUAACCUUCCCUGGUCUAUGA